CAAAGAUCAGAGUUCACACCAGACAUGACCCUCAGAUUUGACAAGUAAUAUGUGGUUCUUUUCGGGGAAACUUAAUAAGUUACAUUAACAGGAAAAUAGUAUUUCCUAGUCCAGUCACGAUAUUUAAAUUUAAAUUUAAUUGAUUGAUUUUGAUUCAUUGACGGGGCUCAAUGAAACUACCUCACUGACCGCAGAGUAAGUAAUGCAUAAUGAUUGAGUAGGACUAUUGACUAUUAAGUCUAUUAUUAAUCUCACAGAAUUCACAUUUGACUCAAUACUUGGGUCUGGGUACUACUGACUACUUGAGUGAACGUCUACAGAAAUUAAGAAAUUGUGUGUAAGUAAUGUGGAGGCAAGUGGGCCUAAAAUACUAUUCUCAUCAGUCAUCAGGGUAUUAUUAUUAUUAAUUAUUAAUAUACUUUCAUUUAUAGUAUAGGCCCUACGUAUUAGAGAUACCAUUAGAACCAUAGUCAUAGUAUGAUGUGUUAAAAGUUUUAAAUUUGGCAUGAUAAAUCUUAAUAAAUGUUCCAUAACUGUGUGUAAAAAAUGUGUGUGUAAUUGUAAUCAGGUAAUGACUGGUCAUGUGGGUCUAGUCAGGUAAUGACUGUGUCAUGUUCGUGUAGUCAAAGUCAAGUAAUGACAGUGUUACUGCAUUAAUCAAUAAUGUAACGUUUAGAUUGACUUCACUGAAAUACCCGUCAUUUCAACUUUGGCUUGGAUAUGACAUCAUGGGACAUUGAUCAUGAUGAUUAUUGCAAAUAUAAAUUUUUUCAGGAAUAAUAAACAAAAUAAGAAAUAACUGUGUUUUAUCUUUCUUAAGCUUAGGCUUACCAUAAUUCUUACUUGUGAGAGCAGGUGUCACCAGCUGCAUAUCUAAGUGGGGCGAAGCCCUGGGCGGUAAUUUAAAAAAAAUAUUUACAACAUUUUUCAGGGAGGUUGAUAAUACGGCAAGCUGAACAUUCAAAACGUAUUGUUUUUAUUCACAUAUUCACUGAAAGUAGUCCCCAGCAUCUGCUGCAACUUGAGGGUAAGUGAAUAAAAGCAAACCUUUUUGCUCGUUCAUCUUGCUACGCUAUUGCUGGAAGUGGGCUCCUCUUUUGUGGCCCAAUCCUGUACAAUACAUGUGAGUGGGUUUCGGGGGGGGGGGGGGGGGGGGGGGGGGGGGGGGCGCAAGUUUGGGAGUUCACCCAAUGGGAAUUAAAUCAAGGUACGCCUCUGGGUAUCAUGCAUGAUCAGAACAUGCCACAUUGUCUGUUUUGAAUAUUUGGAGAGAGGUGAGAAGAGAAGCUGUUUUUUAUUUUAAAAAAGGGAUUGAAGUGCAUGAAACAGGGAGCUUGAGUUCCUACAAGACUCCUUAUUACAUGCUACAUUAGUUAAAACCUGGAAGGACUACCGAUGAACUGUUUAGACAAUAAUCAAAAGACCCAGUGCAGCUAUUUAAAACAAAUGGCUCAUUGCACCUACAAAAAAAAAAACAUUGAACCAGAUGGCCUUUUUUGCAGCUUAUAAAUUUAACAUCCUUACCCAAAUGGACGUUAAGAUGGAUAUUUUCAACAAGCAAUGUCCUGGUCUUGGAUCAUAUGUUGACCUGAAUGUACAAAGCCAGACAAUUCAAAACUGAAAAGGGUGCUAAAAGUAAAAUUACUACAGAAAAGCAGUAGAAAAAUUAAGUACAAUUGAUCUAAAAUGAAAAGAUAAAAGUUGUUUUUUUUUUAGGAAGGAAAACUUAUUGAAAAUGCAAGUCGCGAGAUAUGGAACCUGGAAGUCACCCAUCUCGAGUAAAAUGACCACAGAAAGUGGUGUUGAUCUGCUCGUUUUGAAUGUUGAUGGGGAUCCAAAUUUCUCAGGUAAAUUACAUACAAUUUACAACAAAAUACAUUAUUGGUUCAUCCAUUGCGCUUAUAACAAACAAAGCUGCUGAAAAAAUAAUGUCAAUUUCAAUACGAUAUAUCGCACAAUUUCAAAAUUAUCUGUGCAUUUUGUCUACAUUCAUUUAUUGGGCCAAUAAGUCUAUUCUCCCUCCUUUUGAUAACAGUGCGUUAACAAUGUGUAUUUGUUGCACCCACAAAGCUCAAUGGUGAAUCCCUUUUGAGAUCCACUGAUAUUUGUUUAUAUCCAAGCUGACAGGGAUUUCCCAUGUAGGUGUUCACACUGAGCAGGCACAACUAUGCAGAACUUCUGUAUAUAUUAUAUAUUUAUCAAUAUGUGCAAGCACAGAAGUCAGCAAACUGAAACUGCAUGUGGGUUUUUUUUAUAUGAAUGAAUUCAGCUUGUUUCUUUAACUAUGACUUUACCAAUAACCACCCAUGCAAUGCCAGGGAAAAUUAAAAAAAAUUAAUACCUCUUUUUAAAACAAAACAUUGUUCCCCUAAAAUCUUUUCUUGUCUUGCCGACUCUUAUAAAAUCAAAUCGCCGACUCUAAUAAAAUCAAAUCGCCGACUCUAAUAAAAUCAAAUCGCCGACUCUAAGAAAAUCAAAUCGCUGACAAUUAAACCUGUUGGCCCCAUUUUUUUGUUACCUCUAGUAGCACGUGGUCUCAGAAAUCUCACGACUUGUAUUGCAACAGCCAACCCGAUUGAGAAUCUAAGAAAUAAAUUUGCAGUGUAAACGUACCUUAAGAGAAAUUCAGUGGCUUAGGCUCUUGAGUUAUUAGCAAAGGGCUUUGACCAUAACAUCUCCUCCCCACCCACUCCAUCAUCAAGGGAGGGCUUUUGAUGAAAUUCCUGUCUCAACUAUUUGGUGCAAGAUAGCUUUUAAUUUUUUUGGGGUGGGUUUGAGUUGAGCAAGAACCAAACUGAUAAAUAUAGCUUAUGGUCUACAUAUUCUCUGCCUGGCGCUACCUUACAUACAGUGUUUCACAUACAAUGCUCUGUAUUUUUGCAUGUGUCAAUAAAAUAGUCUAGCCAACUCCCCAUGUCAAUUUUAUUUACAUUCAAUAAAGUUGGUUGAACAUUGGACUACCACACUGUCACAGUGCCCAAACUACUUGCUAUUACUAUGCAAACAUCUCUUUAAAUUAUUGCUUGGUGUUUAUUUCAGACACAGUAUACUGGAACGAGAUUCACUUUGAUGAAAAAGGUCGCUAUGUUAUCUGCUCGUCAAAUAAACCUGGAGAGAAAACCCAGUGGACCCCAAGUGACUUAAACGCUCGGUCAACUGUUCAUGAGUAUGGAGGUCAGAUUUUAUGAAUGCAUUAUUGUAAUCCCAUAUAUUUUAUUUUUAUGAAGGGGAUGGACUGGAACUAAGUAAUACAAAUAGAAACAAGGAAUCUUUUUUCUUUUUUUUUUUAAAAAGGCAGCUGUAUUUAAAGAAAAUUGUAACAGGUUAUUUUGUACAGAAAGUUUCACCAUCUAAUUAUAGGCUUGCCGUGAUUUACCCUCCUUUGUAUAAGGUAUAGUGUUUCGAUGAAAUUUGGAAAUGAACAAUUUGUAGGAAAAUUAAAUUUCUUGGCAUAUUAAAGCUUUUAUGCCUUUUGGUUAUAAUCUCUCUUUCUCAUUUGAAAAUGUUGAACAUUAUAAACACUAGUUUGUGAGGAAAUGUUUUCAUUGACAGCAUUUGCACAGAACUUUAUAUAGUUCUAUUGUCUUUUGUUUCAGGUGGUGAUUUCUUUGUGUAUCAAGGUGUGGUCUACUUCUCAAACUUUCAGGACCAAGCAUUGUAUCGCCAGACCAGCCCAGCAGCAGCUCCCGAGGCUGUGACCGAUGUCACUAAAAAAUAUCGCUAUGCGGAUGGCCAGUGGUCACCUAAGGUGAAGGUCUAAUAUUGAAAUGAUAAUUGCUAAAACUUCAAAAAAGCUUAGUUUAUCCACUUAGAUGUUUUACAGCCAAAGCCGAAUCAUUUCUUCAGGGACAGAGCAAAGGAAAAUAAACAUGUUAUUCAUUAAAAUAUAAUCAUUGAAAGCAUCAAAUGAAAUAUUUGUUAACUGAAAACCUAUCAAAUGGAAAGGGGCUACGCAUUGAGUACCUACUAAAGGUGGAGGGGUUUGGGGGGGGGGGUGUUAUUUGAGAGAUUUUACUUACUUGUGUGUUUGUCUUGGUAGAAUAGGUACAUAUAUUUAUGCACAAAUUUUGCAAUAAUUAUCCUGAAAUUUUGAAGGUCCAUAAAGUAGUUGAUUUACUUCUCUAAUGAAGAUAAUCUGUUUCGUUUGCCCACAACAUAUAUGGAUGAGCCCAAUUUUAAUGAAAAUGUGUUAUGAUUGUCAGUGAAGAUUUAUUUAAUCCCUAGAAAUCCCUGAUCUACAUUGUGAGAGAAGACCAUGAUGUUGUGAAAGCAGGAGCAAAAGAAGCCCAGAACACCAUUGUGGCAAUCAACCCAGAUAGUAAAGAACAGUUUGUGCUUGUAAGUCUUGUAAUCAGACAUUUUGGUUAAGAAAUUCUAAAUGUGGUUUAUAGUUUUAUUUGCAGCAUGUGGUAUUUAAUGCAGAGACACAGUUAUUUUACCCAUUGUCUGUUGUAGUUCUAGUGAUGCCAUGCCACAAUGUUUGACCUGCUGUAUGUUCUAGAGAUGUGAUGCCAUGCCACAAUGUUUGAUCUGCUGUAUGUUCUAGAGAUGUGAUGCCAUGCCACAAUGUUUGACCUGCUGUAUGUUCUAGAGAUGUGAUGCAAUGCCACAAUGUUUGACCUGCUGUAUGUUCUAGAGAUGUGAUGCCAUGCCACAAUGUUUGACCUGCUGUAUGUUCUAGAGAUGUGAUGCAAUGUUGUUUGUUUAAGCCUGUCAAACAUCCCUAUGUAGUUGGUUUGAAUAUUUUUUCUGUGUCAAAAAUUGAGAGUGUUACUGUUUUAAUAUUUUACAAAUUAUAAAAAGUGUUGGACUGCGAUAAAGCUUUAAAAUAGAUUAAUUAGAUACGAACAAUUUGUGUCAAUAUAACAAUAUGAGUUAAGCUUUAAUAAUAAUUUUACAUAAUAAACAAGUAUACGUUUUGGCACAUGCCUUCAUCUGUACAACAAAAAAACCCAAUUAAUUAAGUAUAAAUUAAAUUUAAAUAAUUAAUAUAUAUAUAUAUCCUACCUAAAAAGGGGGAGAUAAAAUAGGAGUGGGCAAAAAAAAGCCAGACAGAAACAAAGUAAAGAAGAAUGUGGAUUGGAGUUGUCUUCUCAUACAAAUGAAAAAAAAAAGGAUCACAUACUUUUGAAAUGUUUUUCCUUGUUGGAUAGUAGCACAAUCAUAAAUAAAAUGUUCCUAAUUUAUAAAAUCUAUUUUGUUUUAGGUGAGUGGAGCUGAUUUUCACUCCAGUCCUAAAGUAUCACCAGAUGGGAAAAAGAUUGUAUGGGUUCAAUGGUUUCAUCCCAAUAUGGUAAAUUUAAACAGAAGUUAAAUAUUUUAUUAUGAUCCAACUCAACAGUUUUUUUUAUCUCUUCAAUCCUGUUGUCAAGAUGUGAAAUGGUUUCAAUGAGAUUGGGCUAUUUUUAGAACAACAAUUAUUGUAAUGUUAACAUUCUAGUAUGGCACAUGAGUUUAUUUAUUUUAAUAUUUUAUAUAGUAAUUUAAGAGUCUUUCAAUUUCCUUGUCUUCACUGAGUUACCUUUUUUUUAAUUGUAAAAUCCCAGCCAUGGGACAGCACUGAAAUAUGGGUAGCAGAAUUAUCUCCAUCUGGCACAGAGAUUGUUAAAGGAAGUGCUCAAAAAGUAAGUUCCCCUUGACCUCCUUACUCUAUUCAAUUUGUCUUUGAUUUUAUUAUGUUUUUAAAUGAUUUUUUAAAUGUUUUCACAUGGAUCUAUUUAAAACCCUUGACUUACACACCUUAUGUCAAUGGAUACUUGUUGAGAAAACUUAUUUAUUUCAUGAUUUUAAAAAUUUGUUUAAUCCCAAAUGAAUGUACGCAAUAAAAUAAUAAUAUUUGUGUUUUUUGUUUUAACAUGACAGUGGUACUUUGCAGAUAUCCAAUCAAAGUUACUUUGGUUAAAUUUAACAUUUACCUGACAUAAAUUUAUCAGUUACUUUAGUUAAAAAUAAACUGUUAUCUUACAAACAGCAUAUCAAAGCUUUUUUUGUUCAACUAAACUUUUCAAAAUAUUUUUAUUUCUAACAUGAAGGUUGUUGGAGGUAAAGAUGCCACAGGGCAAGAUUUAAGUGUCAUGCAGCCAUCCUGGACUGCCAACAAUGAGCUUCUGUACAUAGGAGACCAGACCGACUGGUGGAAUUUGUAUCAGAGAGCUGAAAUAGGAGACAUCAAUCUGCACGAAACCAAUGCAGAAAUAGGUGGCCCACAAAGGCAGUUUGGUAAAGCUUCAUAUGCACUUGAGCCUAAUGGUGGAAGCAGAAUUGUCACAUCAUUCAAAGGGGUUGGUGGAGAUUUCUUCUGUUAUUAUUUUUAUUAUACAUGGUGUCUCUGAAAUGUGGAAACUUAGGCAAAACACUGAUUUUCAAUAAGUUUUUCAACAUUUUACCUCAUAAUAUCUACAAGGAGACUUUCAUAAUCUGUCAUUUAGGCACCCCAGAAAAUAAUAAAUUUUGGCGCCCUUCCUCCUUCAAACGUUGUAAAACGUGCGGCUGUAGAAGACAGGAUAAGAGUCCUAAAAUAACAAUCUUAUUCUCACAACUUAGUGAAAACAAUCAAACAUAAAUAUCAUUUAGAUUUUAUAUUGAACAAAAAACUAAUCUGUUUGAAAUUAAAAUGCCUUUAUUGAAAAGGCGUAGCCUAGGGGUUUGUUCAUAAAAUAUGUGCAAAAGAAAUAUGCAUCCUUUCCACACCCUAACCCUUGUCCACAUGUGGCUUAACAACACACACACACACCCCUUUUUUGCGUUGCAGACAUCUGCAUACUGCAUUAUACAGAACAAAAUACCAGAAAUUAGAAUGACGAUUUAUAAAGAGCAAGAGCCACCAGAUUUUUUGGGUGGCAGCCUGUGUACAAAGAAAGUAUUUUCACAUUAAUAUCUGAGAUGUGGCCAUUUGUAAAUUGUAAGCAAAUUUUGAAAAUGUGUUCAACAAUCCCUUAAGAAAUGUAUCACCACAGAGUCAAUCAACAGCAUAAAAUUCUUAAUUGUGUCAAACUUAUUUUCCAUGAAUUAAAAUAAACAUUUUUGUGUUUGGGAUAAAAAUGAUGCCCCGUUUUAAUUAAUGAAAAUCAACUAAAUAAUAAGGUAAGAUUGUUUAUUGAUCCAAAUAAAUGGAAAUGUUGUUUUAUGACAUUGUACAUGUUCAAUUUCAGCACACAAAUAAAUAAGUAUUUAAGUAUUCUCUAGAGUUAAAUAAGCAGGCAUAAGCUAAAAAUAAAUAAAUUUAAAUCACUUAGUGACAUAAUGACUUACUUAGUGAUCAUUAGAUUUGGUAACUGCUAUAAAAAAAAGGGUUUCAUUUCAAUAGGUUUAGAAUGCUGAUUUGGUUGAUACUAAUACUCGAGAAAAUCCUGUUAAAAAAGAAAUGACAAAAUAUAAAAAAGGAACGUUACAAAACGAUGAGUGUGUCAGCAGGAAGCCAUCAUCAGUGAACAAACAACAGUAAAAAAAAAAUUACAUAAAAAUAGCACUUAGCUGCAAAAUAAUUAUGUUUGCUGCAGAAUUCUUUUGUUUUUAUAUUUUUUUCAUUAAAUAUUUUCUAACAGGACUUAGGCAUUCUGGACACAAGAAAUAAAUCUUACAGAAAGAUAGAGACAGGACUGUCCGUGCAUGACAAAUUUGGUUGGACUGCUGAUGGAUUUAUUUACUGCAUAGCUUACAGUGCUUCCAAAUUCCCACAACUCAUCCGGCUGAACAUCAGUACAGAGCAGGUCAGCAGUCAGCAAUAGACAUUUGGGAUAGUCUUAUUUGAUAGGUGUUAGAAUUUUAUACAAUAGUAAUUCAUAAAUGAUUUAGUAUUCCAUUUCAGCAAAUGGAACAGUUUGUAUAUUAUGUUGGUAAAUAUCAUAUCAUGGUGUUAUCCUGGGACAUUAUAUUUCUCAUUUCCGUUCAUUUUGGUAGGAUAGUUAGGAAACCUGUGCCAUACUAGAGAUAUAAUAGAAUAAAUACAUAACCUUUCAAAGGCAUAAAAUUUAUUACUGCAAGAAUAAGAAUAUCCAUAAGUAGAUAAGUUUUUUUGUAAGUACUUCCAUGUAUAUAUAACAUUUCUUUGUAAAGCAUAGGGAAAGUAUAUUUGUGCAUGUCACAGAUCAAAUAUUUAGAUAUCAAAUUUGUUUUGGAAAAUAAUGCAUGGUUUUGUUAGAAAGUUGAGGAAUGAUGGGGUAGGAAGAGAACCGACAGUGACGGUUGGAGAUAUAUUUUUAUUAGCACUUGCUACAGUCAUCUAGUUAUUAAACCGCAUCUUAAUGUUGAUUGUGAAGUGGAAGAAGUUAUAUGAAGAAUUAUAUUUUUACUCUGCUCUACAGAGAUAUUAUUUUAUUAUAUGUUCGUUGAUCAGUCAAUAAACAUCAUGAUGCAAAUUCAAGGAGUUCUAUGGAACUUGUUUGGACAAACAUGAACGUAGUGUAAAUGUGGAUGAAUAAUGUAAGCGAUAACUACAAAGCUACAAGUAACAUCAUAACCCACACAUAUAUGAUCGUUACAGUGGACUAAGACAAUUAUAUUUUUCUCUAUAAAACCACAUGACACCAAAUUUAACAUCCUGUACUUAUACCUGUUCAGUGACAAGGAAUUUCCAUGUCUAAAAAUGGAUUAGAAAAGCACUUUCUCCAAAUGUUUCUUCUUCUUGUAUAUUUUGAGGGCCCAGGAUCAAUGAAGUUAUCAUUUUGGCUCCUAUGUUUUAAAGUCUACAGAUAUUAUGAUGUGAUCCUCAAUAUUCCAUGUGGUUUACUUAUUAUUAUUUUAUCCAGGUUGAGGUGAUCCGUUUGUCAGCUUCCCCACAAGUUGACAGUGCAUACUUCAGCAUCCCAGAGAAAAUAAGCUGGCCAACUACCAACAAUGAGACCUCCCAUGGCUUGUACUAUCCUCCAGUCAAUAAGGACUACAAAGCCCCAGAAGGUCUAUACAAUUUAUGAAAUAGUAGAAAGCUGAAUAUGAAUCCCUUGGAAAUGAUUGAUGAAAAGCUUUCACAUAUUUCAAAAGUUUGAAUCAUAUUUAAAAAAAAAAAAAUUUCUGUUUAAAAAAAAUUAAAAAAAUAUAUAUAUAAAAGUAAUUGAAAGGGUUAUUUAGAAAUUGCUUGAAAUGUCCAGUUAUUAUUAGUGGAGGUGUUGCAUCUGUUUCAGUUUGUGUACAAAAUGGAAAUGUCUACUUCAUUCUGUUAACCUUUAGGUGAAUUACCUCCACUUCUUGUGAGGGCCCAUGGUGGUCCAACUAGUGCAUACUCUGUCAGCCUUGACCUUAAGCUACAGUACUUCACCAGCAGAGGCUUCGCUGUACUUUGUGUUGACUACAGGGGCAGUACUGGUUACGGGAAGAAGUACAGGCACCGGCUCCGUGGACAGUGAGUCUUGGGCGGUCUUGACCACUGAAAUAUGCGGGCACACAUAGGCCCACACUCUCACUGCAUACAUUUUAAAAGUUUAGGAAUUUGUUAAAUAUAUUUCAGCAUUACAACGCAACAUUUAUCAUAAGACCUAUUAAAUUCUCUAUUUUAGUUAAAUUUGGAGUUAAAUCUUUACGAAAGAUUAAUUAAAACUUCAAGAACAUGUGUUAUGCCAAAAGAGUAUCAUUGGACGAUAUGUUUAUUUGAUGCCAUCCAAAUAAAGAACAGUCAUAUUUGUGGUGACUUGUAACUCUAGAUACAGAAUAUUUGAACAGUGUAACUUAUGCCAACCCCAAAAGUAUUGUGUUGCUGAGAAAAUGAUUCCAAUUUUUAUAUUUGUUUCUUUGCCUUAGGUGGGGAGUGUUGGAUAUUGAUGACUGCAGUACAGGUGCUAAACACCUGGUGGCCAGUGGCAAGGUUGACCCCAACCAAAUCUGCAUUGAUGGUCGGUCAGCUGGAGGCUACACCACUCUGGCCUGCCUGACCUUUACAGACACCUUCAAUGUUGGUUAGUGCCAAGCUUCUCGUGAAAAUGAUACCCGGUACACUGAUGUUGUGUUUUUUUUUAGCCCAACAUUUCAUACAAAAGGCUCACCUGAUCCUGUUAACGGGUAGGACUUGGUUGUGGUGGUAGCCUGAAGAAGUGAUAUUUUUGCCAGGUUUUUAGUAUUGUAAUUUUCGAAAAGAUUCAGACGGUCUUAAAACAUCACCACUAAAUAACAAAUCAGUACAACAAUUUCUGGAAUUUCUCAAUCUUAAAUGGCACUUUUUUUUCUGGGAGGAGAAAAAACUUACCAUUUCAGGGGUUAACUAUAAUUUGUAUAACCUAAGAAAUAACCCACGCUGGAUUCGCUGAAUUAUUGGGUGGCCAGUUGGAAAGCCUCUACAAAAAAAUUAUUUUAAAUAAAGCUAUACUAAUUUUGUAUCAUGUAGUGUAAUACUGCAUGUCAGAUAGCUAGAAAAAGGUUUCAGUGCGUGUCUUGUUAUCUGUGUUAUUGGUCCUCUGUGUUGUUGGUCCUCUGUAUUGUGAUCCUCUUUGUUGUGUUCCCCUGUGUUGUGUUCCUCUGUGUUGUGUUCAUCUGUGUUGUGGUCCCCUCUGUUGUGACCCUCUGUUGUGGUCUUCUGUGUUGUGGUACAGUGUGUUGUGAUCCUCUGUGUUGUGGUCCUCUGUAUUGUGGUCCUCUGUAGUGUGGUCCUUUGUAUUGUGGUCCCCUUUGUUGUGGUCCAAUGUGUUGUGAUCCUCUGUGUUGUGGUCCCAUGUGUUGUGAUCCUCUGUGUUGUGGUCCUCUAUUGUGUUCGUCUACUGUAUUCCAUUCUAUGGAAACAAAAUAUUUUUUUUCUUUCACUUGAACAGUAGUUAAUGCAGUGUGUAUUUUUCUAAAAUCCCUUUUUUAUUUUGAAAAACAAAAUGAGGCUAUGCUGUAUGAUGACAUUUUUGAGCAGGGGAAAUAAAAAAAACAAAUAAAUGCUUAAGUAAUUACAUUAAAUUAUUUUUUUUUACCAGAGAAAACAAAAUUACUCUGAUUUGUUUUCUUUUAGUUAACCUUGAACUUGUCUGUUGAGUAAUAAUAAUUGUGUCCACUGUGGUGUGAGUCAUUUUGGCAUCUUGUACCGUUGAGUUAAAAUAAUUGUGUCCAUCUAGGUGUGAGUCACUUUGGCAUCAGUGACCUUGAGGUGUUGAUGGCAGACACUCACAAAUUUGAGAGCAGAUAUCUGGAGACUCUCAUCGCACCUUACGAUGAGAAUGGGAGAAAAAUCUAUAGGGAGAGGUCACCGAUUAAUCAUGUUGAUAAACUCAGCACUCCAAUGGGAUUCUUUCAAGGGGAUGAGGACAAGGUAUCUAUUGUUUAUUGAAAUAUUUUGUCAGUGAAAAUUGUUAGUAUAAUUUUUAAUUCAUAUUUUUGUAUACCAAAACCAAUUUGUUCAUGUCCAGGAGCCUAAAUGCUACAUUAUCAAAUUAGAAAGAGGAUAAAAGCAGUAAACAACAAAUGACAUGUUGAAAAAUUUGUGUUUAAAAACUAAAUUUUAAAUCAAUCAAAUCCAUGCUUCUGAAAAUACUUAAUUUUACUACUACGGAUGAACUUGAUGUUUUUAAAUGUCUUGUUUAUCUUACUGCUAUGGAUGAACUUGAUGUUUUUAAAUGUCUUGUUUACCUUACUGCUAUGGAUGAACUUGAUGUUUUUAAAUGUCUUGUUUACCUUACUGCUAUGGAUGAACUUGAUGUUUUUAAAUGUCUUGUUUACCUUACUGCUAUGGAUGAACUUGAUGUUUUGAGAUAUCUUGUUUACCUUACUGCUAUGGAUGAACUUGAUGUUUUUAAAUGUCUUGUUUAUCUUACUGCUAUGCAUGAACUUGAUGUUUUUAAAUGUCUUGUUUACCUUACUACUAUGGAUGAACUUGAUGUUUUUAAAUGUCUUGUUUACCUUACUGCUAUGGAUGAACUUAAUGUUUUUAAAUGUCUUGUUUACCUUACUGCUAUGCAGUAAGAAUAAAGGGAUUAGUCCUGGUCAAAAUGAUUAGGAGGUAAAACCUGAGGAUGGCCAUGAGCUACAGUAAGGUUGGAAAGUAGAGAACAUACAAAAACAUGUGGUGGAUGCCAUUACUGUCUUUAACAUAGAUGAUCAUAUUAGAACUUGUGAAAAUUUCAAUCUAGAGACUCAUGUCAUUCAUGGACAAAAUAAAGACACAGUUUUCAUCUCUCCAUCUCUCCAAGGUUGUCCCACCAAAUCAAGCCAAGAUGUUGUAUGACGUGGUCAAGAAUAAGGGACUGCCCGCUAUGUUUGUGUUAUUUAAAGGUAAUAUUUCUAAGCCUUUACCCUGCAAUCAUGAAUGAGAAUUUCUUAAAGCUACUUAAAAUUAUUUCUCGAAAAUACUCAGUUACCAGCUGUGAUACACAUUUCUCAUAAAAUUUUUACAAUCUUGGUUGAUAUGUCUUAAAAGGGUAGACUAUAUUUCUUUCUAUGAAGCCCUAUUGUUACGUACCAUUAUAUGGUUUUGCAAAUUUAAUCUUUUUUAAGAUUUGGCUUGUUGGAUGAACAAUACGUCACAAAGGACUGAAAACCAGUAUACAAAGAAAAACGAUACCAAAGCUAGUUAUGUUAACAAUAUUCAAUUCAUUUUUAUGCUAUUCAAUUUAUAUAAAAAUACAAAGUCAUAUAUACAGAAAUAAAAACUAUAUUAACAUAUAGCACAGCAAGUGAAAAAGAAUGAUCUUCGAAAGAUACAAAUAUUAAUGUGCACUCAGACAUAAACAGUAAAAUCUGGAAAUGCUCCUAUAAAUAUAAUACAUUGCAUAGUCGUGACUUGGAAAUCUAGCAAAAAUCUCUCUCCCAGUUGAGAAGGCUGUUGACUUAUUUAUAGGAGGGAGUUAGAGCUUGAAAUAGAAAGACAGGGCAAUUAAAUAACAUUUCGGCUUAGAGCCUUCCUCAGCAGACAGGACAAGUGCAGAAACAACAAGGAAUAGAAAGUAGUUUAAAAAAUUUAAGUGCCCUCCAUCAUUGUUAUUGCUGGAAGUUGGGUUUUUCAAACCAAACUAACAGGAAGUAAAAGAAUUUAUGAAUUAUUACUGUGAAAAAUAAGAUUUUAACGGAAAACAAAUAUUUUGGAAAUAUGUAAAAUAUAAGAAAUAAGAAAAGAAAUACAGGGAAAUUGAGGCUCACUAAUAAGAAAUAAUUUGAUGAAUGCCAUAUGGUGAUAUUGUGACCCAAAAAACUGAAUUAAUUUGCUUUCCUUUCUAACUCUCACUGUUGGUGCAGGAAAUCAGUGCUGUGAUGGAAACAUCUUAUGUCCCUUUGUGUUUAUCUCUGUUGAAAUGGGAUGACGCCGGGGAAAGUUUGCCCUGUUCAAUAUCAUGAAGGUGUUUAGUGAAUCUAUCCAAUUAGAAUGUAAACAUCCUUUUCUAAAUCAAUAGAGGGAUGUGUAAUGUUAGAUCGCUACACAUUUAAUUGUUGAAGUCAAUAUUUAAAAGAAGUAGGGAGAUGAGGUAAGGUUGAAUGCCACGGCAUGUGGUGAACAAACACACUGACUAUAACACCAAUAAAGCUGUGUAUCUCUUUAAAACUGGAUUCCUGCUAAUCAGUUUACCUCAUUUUAGAAAAAUCCCCUUUAACAUUCAUAGAAUCUUAGCCAAGGGUCACUCUCCCUUCUCAUACUUUUUUGUACCAAUGAAAAUUACAGGUGAACAGCAUGGCUUCCGUCAAGCUGAAAACAUCCAGGCUUCUUUAGAUGGCGAGUUCUACUUCUUUGGAAAAGUUUUGGGUUUUGAGCCAGCAGAUAAAGGGAUUGAGGUACUGUCAAUUAAAUUACAUGUGUGUCCUUUAAGUCAACAUUAAGCUCAUGGCUAUUAAAUGAAUUUUAUUGGUACACAAAGUUUAUUGUGUUUAGAUCAGGGGUGGGAAAAUUUUUGAAGCAGGGAGCAAAAUGAUCAAUAAAUUGAUUGUGGGCCCUUAAUAUAUAUAGAAGAAGAUUCAAGAAGUAACGGAGGCAUGGGAGCCAUAAAUUGUGAAAAAGAGGGGGGUAAAAUACAGCAUUUUACUUGUAUCAUAAGGACUUACCAUUUAAGAAACUCCACAACAAGAAGAAAAUGUCAAUCUCCAAAAAAUUAGGAUUUCACCAGACAAGCAAAACAGACCCACUUUUAAAUUACACAUUAAUUUUUUUUUCUUUCCAUUAUUAUUAAUAUUUUAAUAAUUUAAUUCUUUUAAAGGGAGCGUGAGCCAUUCAAAAUAGUUUCCCGCCCCUGUUUUAGAUUCUAGUGUUGAAGAAUCUUUUGUGCCCAAAUUGGAGAUUCUGCAAAUGCCUCUAUUGAUUUGGUUCUUUGAAAAAACUAAAUAUCUAUUGACUUAACUUAGAUAAAUUGAAAGUUCUAUCUUUUUCAAAGACACAAAGUUACAAUUUUCAGGUAGAGAUAUAACCGUGCCAUUCUGGCAGCCACGGAAAUUGUGCACUGUUUAUUUAUCUCACACUCACUCACGCACGCACACAAUUUUCUUUGAAUAACUUUUCAUAACUGCUCUAUGAAAUUUAAAGUACCUUUUUGGUCUAAAUACUCUAAAUUUAAGAAUGUUGCUUUACUCCGCAGUUUCCAGUUGACAACCUCUAAAGGGCACUUUAAUAUCUAAUAUUCUCUUGGAUGAAUGACAACAAUGACUGGCCAAAAUUUUUAGAAUUUGUAAAAUAUUACCUCCAAGGCAACUACUUCAUUUUACUUUUUUCUUUUAUGGUACCCACAUCACCUUAAAGAUAAAAUAUUUCUGUGAUUGGGUAUUAAUGCAGCGUGUUGCUUGAUCUCAUACACAAUGCGCUGUUUGGUCAUUGCACUCAUGAUAUUUAAAUUUUUAGACAUGCCUUCUGUUUGGUCAUUUUAUUCUGAUGCCACAUGAACAUUUUAAUGGCAGCUUAUUAUGAACAUGACUGUAAGAGUAAUAGUGAACAGUUAAGCUCUCAUUAACUUAAAAUUGAAAAAAAAACAACCUUAUUUUCCAAAUAUGGACUGCUAACACUAAAGAUUAUCCAAUUUGCAAAUAGAGAUGGCUGAUUUUUAAACAAGGUUAACCUACAGUGAUUUUAUAUAUCAGCUUUCUAAACCAGACUGAGUCUCAAUUUAUCGGGUUUGCUAUAUUUUAGUUAUUUGCUUUUUUCAGUUGUCAGUAGAUCCAUAUUUUUUUUUAUUGCAAUUAAUAAGUUUUGUCCAUUUUUUGUCAAUAAAAAUUAUGGCAACUUUAUUGCAUCUGUGAUAAUUGAUAAAGAAUUUGAGAGAUAUAAACAAUAUUGUUAUAAAAGAAUGAGGGAGAUUUUUGCAACCUUUCCUCUCACAAUGAUUUAGAACUAAGUAAUACUUCAUAUCAUGUUAUAUAUUUAAUUUCUUCAUUUAAAUUUAAUAAAUUUUCCAUUGAUAACAAGGUUUUUGAAGAUUUGAUUUUAAAAUAUAGAGUUGUUUUCCAGGUACACUAUAUACUUCUUUAUUCACUGAAUGGUAGUCAGCCACCCAAAUGCUGACAACAACUCAUAGUGAAAUAGAUAAUUAUUGUCUUAAGAUUUAAACUUAUUUAAAUAUGUGAAAUAAUUGAGAUUUUAAAUAUUGAAUAUUAAAUUACAUUUAAACUUAUUAGGUUUAUCAUACAUAGUGCAUGUUUUAUGGAAUGAUGCAAUUUGCUAAAUCUUUGUCAUAAGAAUUGGCUAAAUUGUGCAAUUCAAACGCCAUACAUGUUUUAUAUUGUGCAACUAUAUUCAGUAUUUUAGUUAAGACUCUUGAUAUGAUUUAUUUUUAAUUUGACAUUUUAACAGAUUUUUCUUUCCUUACUGUUGUAAUCUUGUACCAUUGCUAUGACUUGAUAUGUGUAUUACAUACAUUCCAUUUUAAGGACAUUGUAGUAUUUAACUAUGAUGUCACCUAUUGUCAAGUUCUAAACUCAAUGAACUUCUUCAAUGUUCCAUCAAGAAUACAAUUUUUUUUUUUACGUUACAUUUUAAGUUCCAAUAAAUUUGAGGUCUUUAUUAAAUAAACCCACCUCCACAUCCUAUCAAAUGCUAAUUCUUUAUAAGGUCAUUUUAAAACUUACAGAAAUGGCCCAGUGACCUUUUUAAUAAACAAAAGCUGACGUGCCACUAUGUUAAAAAAAUAUUCAGAUAAUUUUUUUACUAAUAAAUGUGUUUAACUUGAAAGUAGAUUUAAGUUUUCUAAGAUUUCUUUAAAUGUGCAAAGAGAAAACUUAUACGAUGAAUACUGGAAUAGUUAAAUUGAUGUGUGUUUUGAUGAUUGUACGUUAAAUGAACUUAUAGAAUGUACGUUAAAUGAACUUAGAGAAUGUCUUAUCAACUAUUAUAAAUUAAUAAAUUAAAUGCUUUUUUAAAUGAUGGAUGUGUUAUUUUCUAUUUUGUUGAAUUCACUAUUGGUGUUUUA